CAGACGGAGUGAGGUUGGCUGAAACAGGUUGGAAAGAGCUGGAGAGGCUUGUACUAUCAAAUACUAUCGGUUUACAGGUUGUAACCGGACCCAAACACAAACUGGAAGGGCUCAGCGCAGCGUGGGUGCCCAGGGAUCCACUGCCUGAGUGCGGGGAAAGCAGCGGCAGACACCCCAGCGACAUGAACCACACCAAGGGCGGCCUGGUUAUCUUCACUGCCAACUCACACCCCUCCAGCCGUGAGCUGGGAAAGAGGAUCGCAGAGCGGUUAGGGGUGGAGCUCGGGAAGGUGCAGGUGUACCAGGAAGAUAACAGAGAAACGCGGGUGCAGAUCCAGGAGUCGGUACGAGGCAAAGAUGUGUUUGUGAUCCAGACGGUGUCGAAGGAUGUGAACACAACCAUAAUGGAGAUGCUGAUCCUGGUGUACGCGUGCAGGACGUCCUGCGCCAGAAGCAUCACGGGCGUCCUCCCCUACUUCCCCUACAGCAAGCAGUGUAAGAUGAGGAAGAGGGGCUCCAUCGUCUCCAAGCUCAUCGCCUCCAUGAUGUGUAAAGCUGGUCUGACCCACCUGAUCACCAUGGACCUCCACCAGAAAGAGAUUCAAGGCUUCUUCAACAUCCCAGUGGAUAACCUGAGAGCCUCGCCCUUCCUGCUACAGUAUAUACAGGAAGAGAUACCCGACUACAGAAAUGCUGUGAUUGUGGCCAAAUCUCCAGCUUCUGCCAAAAGGGCUCAGUCAUUUGCUGAGCGGCUGCGUCUGGGUAUAGCAGUGAUCCACGGCGAAGCUCAGGACGCAGAGUCGGACCAGGUAGACGGCCGACACUCCCCACCCACUGUCAAGACCACUGGAGCCAUUCACCCCAGCAUGGAGAUACCAUUGUUGAUCCCUAAAGAGAAGCCUCCCAUCACUGUGGUAGGAGAUGUAGGAGGACGCAUUGCCAUCAUUGUGGAUGACAUCAUCGAUGACGUAGACAGCUUCGUGGCAGCAGCUGAGACGCUUAAGGAACGAGGGGCCUACAAGAUCUUUGUCAUGGCGACGCACGGCAUCCUCUCAUCUGACGCCCCCAGAUUUAUAGAAGAGUCUGCUAUCGAUGAGGUGGUGGUGACUAACACGAUUCCCCACGAGCUGCAGAAGCUCCAGUGCCCAAAGAUCAAGACGGUCGACAUCAGCAUGAUCCUGUCAGAGGCCAUCCGCCGCAUCCACAACGGAGAGUCCAUGUCCUAUCUUUUCCGCAACAUAGGAGUGGAUGACUGAAAGACCUGUCACACACAUACCACACACACAAAUCUGCCUUCUCAGACCUCUACAGAAGCACUGUACACUGAUAUUGAUACACAUACACACGCACAUAUCCACGUCCUACUUGUGUUACAACGAAGAUAUAAAUGCUAACCCUUUGCUUUGAGUGCAGCUUAACAUAGAAGAUGACUGAUUACACACACACACACACACACACACACACACAUGUCCUUAAUGGAUGUUACUCACUCCUCCAGACUAAAAAGCUGAUAGCUGCCCUCUUCUCAAACAGCAUACAACUCAGCUUUUUUUUACGCUCAUCUCUGAGUACCUUCUUUAGUUAGCAAUCCAUUGUCUACAUGUAUUUCCGGUUACGUUUCUAUAGAAAUUAAUGUUGAUGUGUGUGUGUCUGUGUGUGUCUGUGUGUGUGUGUGUGUGUGUUAGAACAUAUUUGUUAGCAUUGAAUGUUUAUUUCUGAUUGUACCCUAAGAGUGCCAGUGCCUUCUACAGGACAUGCUCCCAACACACAGGCCUUCACCACUCCGAUACACAACAGUGUCUCAGCUAAUAUAAACUAUGUCACAAUGGCCCUUGUAAUUAAUUCAGGAAUUUGCAGGUUUCCAGCUAAUUAACUAUAAAGCUGAGUAUCAGAGUACAUGUUGUAAUUCCAACCUUCUGUCUGUUUUUUUGUUUUGUUCAUGUGAUGUCUGAAUGUCGUACUAAUAUAAUUAGUUUAGCAUCCUACCAGCUAGCCAUAUGUCUGUGUUUGGUUGCCAUAGCACUUAGAUGCUGAUCUGGUGUCAAAUCUACUUAUUGCUAAAAGCAGAACUGGAAUUAAAACAUGAAAUAUUUUGUCAGUCCGGUCAAUUUGAAUUUUUUUUUUUUUUUUUUUUUCUAACAUUUUAUGGCGGUUGUGAAAUAUGUAUUUACGAGUCAUCCAUUUAACACUGUGUGCCAUUCAUUUCAAACGCAUCCACAUAUUUGACAAUCAAUCAUGAUUGGUCCACAAAUGAGCAGCUGGAGCAGAUUUGAAGUUAAUAUGUAUAUCCUUGGUCCAAAAAUACCACUGCAGUUUUACCCUCUGGUUAGGAGUGCGAAAUUGUUGUUAAUAAUUUUGAAAUGGGUAAAUUAAUCUUUCAAUCAUUUGGAAAGUAGCGGGUGAAUUUUGUUGUACCACAUUAGCCAAAUUUCGAAAAACUGACGGAAGAAACUGACGCUGAAAAAGUAAAUGGAAACGUUUUUCUGACAAACAAAACUCGACUGAAGCAGGUCUUUGGCACUUUACCAGAUGUGUUCCAAAAAUGUUUUGUAUUUAUUUUCAGCACUAAAUAUGAAUAAAUAUGACCCAUGCUAUGAAAUUAAAGACUGCCUUGUGUUGUGGUGUUUUGUAGUCUCAUAAUUGGGUGAUAUAAAGCUGCUGAUAUUCAGUCUGUUACUAUUAAAGGAUGUUUCUCACAAUGGUUUCUGUUAAUAAAGUUAAUUAAUAACCAUAUACUUUGAACAUGUGACAGGCUAGAACUAUGCUCUCAUUUUCACCUUUCCAUCCUGCUGCUUAUGACAUAUCACCAUGAGCCAAAUUACAUGGCUCUACAUUCUAGAAAG